GGCAUUAAGCGGAAGAUCUUCAGUGCUUUGUGCGAAUAAAAAUGAAAAUUAUAUUUUUGGGGCUGCUCAUCGCAAUCCUUGUUGUGUACGGCCAUGGAGAUGUGGGUGUCCUUAACGAAGCAACCAAUAUGCCGACUAUGAAACUCCUUAUAAAGGGAUUGGAGAGCUGUAUGCAAAAUGCGAUAUAUGUAAUGUCUGGAAAUUAUACCAAUGAAAAGGAAGAUAAUGAGAGGAAAGCUAAAGAAAUAGAACUAUAUCGGAAUGAUAUUGACAGAACUAAUAAAUCAUUAUCGACUAUAAAAACUCAUAUGACACAUCCCAUUUUCUCAACUGAGGAGAGGAGUCUUUUGCAAAGAUUUCACGAUAUUGCAACAGAAUUAUUCCGAAAUGCAACGAAGUGGACCGAAAAACGUAUAGAGGAAUUAAACGAGGAAAUCAGACGAUCGCGUGAGGCAUUUGAACAGAGGAAUAUAUUGCUUGCCCAAUAUGCGAAUUCAACACGUCAAUUGAUCGAUAGCUACCCGCAGUAUGCCUAAAAAUUGCCGGAUUUUUGUGUGCUCAGCUUAUUAUUGCAACAUAUACUUCUGGGCGAGAAUUUAAAUAAAUAAAACAUUUCUUAGUGUUUUGAAUGUUCUUUAA